AUGUUAAAGUACAUUGAUUUGGGCAACAAACGCAAACUUUCCACAGCACUUGCCGUGAUUGGCGACCCCCAGUUUGUCAUGCUGGAUGAACCAACAUCUGGCAUGGAUGCUAUGGCCAAGAGAGCCAUAUGGGACUUGCUCCAAAACGUCAGAUCUCUUGGCUCCACCCUCGUCUUGACGUCACACAGUAUGGAAGAGUGUGAACUCCUAUGUACAAGACUGACCAUUAUGGUGGGCGGGAAGCUCAUGUGUCUAGGCAGUCCACAACACCUGAAGACAAAGUACGCCCAGGGUUAUACAAUAACCGUACACUUGAAGCCUGACUCGGGGGUACCUAUACAAGGGAUCAUAGACAACCUUUUAAGGAUAUUCGACGGGGCUGAGGUCUUUGGACAGAUGGACACCUACCUUCACCUUCAAAUCCCAGCAGACAGCCUCCCCCUGUCGUCCAUGUUUAAAAUGAUGGAGAAAGCCAAGAAAGACAUGAACUUUGAGCACUACACCAUACAGCAAACCUCGCUGGAACAAGUCUUUCUAAUGUUCAUGAACAAAAACAAAACCUCAGAUACAGAGGCGUAGCGACCUAUUCCUACGUCCUGGGCGAUCUAUAAUCUUUGCGCACCCCCAUUUAUACAGUUAUUCACAUUGGCAAUAAAGCGUUACUGUCCCUUGACGAUUUAUAUAUUUGUGUCACACAAUCGAUGUUGAAAAUACUUAAAUGAUUCCGUAAA